UUUAUGAUGUGUCCAAUGUUCUUUCCAGGGUAUUCAAUUUGUUUUAUUUAACAAAUUAUGUAUAUUUAUUAAGAAUAUAUUUUUUCAACAAGAUAUAAAAUGUUAUAAUUUUUUCAUGCAAAGUAAGAUUUAUGGUUCAUAGGAUAAGAUGAAUAUAAAUAAAUUGUUGUAUAGUUGUAACAUGUUUAUUCUUAAAUUAAUACAAAUAUUUAUAAACUUGAUAAAAUUCUGUACAAAUAAUUUUAUUAAAACUAAACAUAAUAAUAAUAUAAACAUACUGUAUCACAGUGAAAAUUUUAUAGUAGUUUCUAAACCCUAUGAUAUGUGUAUUAAUAGCAAUAAUCCUGAGAAAAAGGAUACACUUCAAUUUGAAUUAAAAAAGGUUUUACCAAACUUAGCAAAUCCAAGUUUAUUUCAUGAAUUUUAUUUUGUGCAUAGAUUAGAUUAUGCCACUAGCGGUGUUAUAUGUAUUGCACUAAAUAAAAAAGCAGCACGAGCUGCUUCUAAUGCUUUUGAAACAAGAACUGCUAAGAAAUUUUAUUUGGCAUUACUUCAUGGUCACAUUAAGGAGUCCUAUGUUAUUAUAGAUAAAGCAAUUGGAAUAGAUAUAAGAGAAAAGAAGGGAAACCAUAAAAUGUGUGUUAGUGGUAAUAUGUUUUGUGAAAAACCACGAAAAUCUUAUACAGUUCUUGUAGUAUUAGAAACAGGUUUUAGAAAUGGUAAACCAGCUACUAAAGUCCUAUUGUGUCCUGCAACUGGUAGAAGACAUCAAUUAAGAGUACACUGUUCACACAUUGGUCAUACUGUGAUAGGAGAUUAUACGUAUAGUGAAAGAAAAGAUGUAGAACCUUAUAGAACAUUUUUACAUUCCUUCAGGUUGAUAUUAAACAAUCACAUUGAAAAUUUAGAUGUAAGAAGUAUAGAUCCAUUUCAAGCUUCAGAUCCAAGAAAUCAAUGGUCACCAACAAAUAUUGCACGUGUCUUAGAUGAAAAUAUAUUUUCUGAUAUUGAUAAUCUUAUGCAAUAAAGUAAACAUAUUGAGCG